CACGGAUUGAUAAUGCAUACGCUGUUCAGUGAUCAGAACUCAUUCUCGCGCCACUAUGCGCAAACGGCCGCCGGCUACACAUCUGCCUCGGCUGUGGCAGCUGCGAGCAGCGCUUCGGCGGCGGCAGCAGCGCAUUAUGCCUACGAUCAGUAUUCGCGUUAUCCGUACUCGGCCAGUGCAUAUGGCCUGGGUGCACCGCAUCAGAACAAGGAGAUUGUGAAGCCGCCGUAUUCGUAUAUUGCACUCAUUGCGAUGGCCAUACAGAAUGCCUCCGACAAGAAGGUCACCUUGAAUGGGAUCUAUCAGUAUAUUAUGGAGAGAUUCCCAUACUACAGGGAUAACAAGCAGGGCUGGCAGAAUUCCAUACGACACAAUCUCAGCCUGAACGAAUGUUUCGUCAAAGUGGCGCGAGAUGAUAAGAAACCGGGUAAAGGCUCCUAUUGGACACUGGAUCCGGACUCGUACAACAUGUUCGACAAUGGUUCGUUUCUGCGGCGACGUCGUCGCUUCAAGAAGAAGGACGUGAUGCGGGAGAAGGAGGAGGCGAUCAAACGGCAGGCGAUGAUGAACGAGAAGCUCGCCGAGAUGAAGCCACUCAAGCUGAUGACCAAUGGCAUACUGGAGGCUAAGCAUAUGGCGGCACAUGCGGCACACUUCAAGAAGGAGCCACUCAUGGAUCUGGGCUGCUUAAGCGGCAAGGAUGUCUCCCAUGCGGCCAUGCUCAAUUCCUGCCACGACAGUCUGGCGCAAAUGAAUCAUUUAACUGGCGGCGUGGAGCAUGCUGGCUUCACUGUCGACUCCCUGAUGAAUGUCUACAAUCCGCGCAUCCAUCACAGCGCCUAUCCGUAUCAUCUGAACGAUGACAAUCUGACCGUGGCCAGCAGUCAGAUGCAUCAUGUCCAUCAUGCGGCGGCGGCCCAUCAUGCCCAGCAGCUGCGACAUGUCGCACACGUCUCACAUCCCUUGACGCCCGGCAAUGGCAGCGGCGGCGGUGGUCCUGGUGUGCAAUCCUCGGGCGCCUCACCCACAACGAUCUCAACGCCACAUGGACCGGCGCACGGGGGCUGGUAUACGCCAGAGACGCCGCCGUCGGAGCCCAUCACAAAUGGUCCGGGUGGAGUUGGUGGUGCUACCAAUCAGAACAACACGCCCACACAUCCCAGCAACAACAACAACAACAACAAUAGCAGCAUGCACAACAACAACAACCACAACAACAAUAAUGCGGUGCUCACCAGCAGUCCCAGUUCGGCGUUGGGUUUCCGCGACAUGAUCUUCGAGCAGAACCAAUCCUGCCAACUGGACACGGGCAGUCCGACGGGCUCAAUACAAUCGGCGAGUCCGCCGGCAUCGGCGAGCGUUGCGGCUGCCUCCGCUGCUGCGGCAGCUGCUGUCAUCAAUAGUCAUCAUCAUCAUCAUCAUCAUGUGUCGCACCUGAGCGGGAAUCUGGGCAAUCUGGGGCAGCUGAGCAAUCUCAGCCAUUAUCGGCCCCAUCAUGUGGGUCACUAUCAGGAGUAUGGCAUCAAGUAUGGCGUCUAAAUCUGCGCCAGCCCCCCACCUAACCUCACCAAUACGAAGGCGUGGCCGCUGUGCUCUCUUGUAUAUUCCUGUAAAUAUAUUUCCAAGCAUGACUCACAGCAGCAGCAGCAGCAGCAG